UGUUUAAAACACGUCUUGCCAAAUCAGUAACUUGCGAGCGACUUAAUUUGCAUAACAAAGGACCGUGUAUAAAUGAGCGGCGAAUGAGCAACGCAGAACAUUAGCUGAAAGCGGCAAGGCAACGUAGUUAGCAAGAGAUCAUUCUACCUUCAAACGUGUGUGCAGAAUAUGAUUGAAAACGGCACAUCAAGAAUGUCUGAGAGCGGUUCUCCAGCGGAAAGUCUGUUGAGUUUCCUGAAUACAGCUUCUAGCAGCGUAAAAAAUGUUCUAGCAAGGCCGGGCUGCUUUAAAAGAAAUACUAACCAUAGAAGAUUUUUACAGAAACAACUUAGAGUUACGACGAGAGGUUCCGAGACGGUGACAGGGAAACAAGAAAUAUCCAAGAAGCAAUUUUCUUUAAGCAAAGUGAAGCAAAGAAAUUCAAUGAAACGUCGAACUGAAGAAUCAUUCCCGGAUGACGCAGCACUUCGGAAAACGGUGCCGCCAAGGAAGAAAAUGAACGCGACGGCAAAAGAUCAGUAUACUGUAAAACGCAAUGUGAUUGCAACAAAUGAGGUACAAAAUGAGCUUCAAUACUUAGAUGAAUGUAAGCGGUUUAGUGCAAUGGUUGACGAUCUUGUAGACAAUUUGCUAGACUCUUCAUCGCAGAGUGAAAGCAACCAAAGAUUAGCAAAUGAAACCUCGGAAGUUUCUUCAUAUUCGUACACUAGGUCGGGAUCUAUCUCCUCGUCAUAUUCAUCAGCAUCAGAAGAAGAAAUCGUCCCCGACUUCAUGUCUGGAGAAGAACUAGUCCGAUCUCUCGAUAUAUCAGAACUUUUCAUCCCUGAGGGGCACUCUAGCCCUGUAGAACAGCGAUGUAUCAGACAAGAACCGUACAGCGAUAACGACUACCAAAUGGUUCCAGGGAACGAUAGUCCGGUACAUGAAGAGUAUAUGUACGAAACAGACUUGAUUGAUGUACAAGGUAUGCCGGUUUUUGAGAAUGUCUUCCGUCAGUUUUCGCUUUGACGCAAUGCAUUCUAGCAUACUUCUCUUCAGUAUACUGCAACUGACACCCAUGCCAGCACAGCUUCCUUCUCUGGGAGAGAUACGACAAUCCAGCUAAGAUUCAUCGUGCAUUCGAUACAGUGAGCCAAGAAAGAUCUCUUAGAUCAUCAGUUCUACCACUGAUUGCGAUACCUAGAUGAAAUUGCCGAAGAUGUAUUGCUCUCUCCAUAGAAUGCGCUGAGAUGCCUUUCACAAGGAGAUGUUAUCGCAAAUCAAGUUGAAGUCACUUUCUCCAAAGAUUUUUUAAUGGACAAGGAACCAAAUUUCGAAUGAAUUUUUAAAUUGCACCAUUUAAUAGAACAUUAUAUUUACAUACUAGACAAAUGAAUUGUAUAAUAUUUAGAUAAAUGAAUGUAUUUUAGCGCAAAGAAUUAUCACUAUAAAUUUAUAAAGGCACGAACUUUGUUUUCUUUCUUGACUCUGAAUGUGUUUUAUGGUAUUGGUCAUGACCUACGCAAAAAUACCUUGUAAAAUAAAAGUGCAGAAAAAUCAAAAGACGAUCAUCAACGAAACCCUGUCAAAUACUAUUCAAUUACUUGAUUUUUUUACGAAUUACAUGAAAUAUAACGAAUUAGAAGACGGGAGACAUCGUGGACAGUGGCUUAAAGAAGAGGAGAACUCUCUCUAUACAAACUUAAGGAGAUAAACAAAAUUCGAUUUUCUACUACAGUUAAUGCUCGUAUCGCCCAAGAUAUCAGGGAGGGGGGCUAGUAUCUUAGCGAAUUUGGAUAGAACUCUAUUAGAGGCAGCCGUAAUGUGAGCAGACUUCAUUGGAAAUCUUAGCAUAGCAGAAAAAUACCUUCCACAAUUGCUUCAAAGGCCUUAGACACCCAUAAAGUUACCAUUAAUUUUUUAGGUUUAUUCUAUAUUCAUAUUUGCUUCAAAGAAAACAUGAGAAGGCAUUAUUGCCCUAUUGCCAAAUGCGUGAUUUUGCCUGUAUUCCUGUCAGACCGUGAGCUAAGAAGUUUUUAAAACACCAACAUGCCUAAGUCAGGAUGACAGUCUCUGACAGUAAGAGCCAGUCUCUGCAUCUGCCCUCUUGUAAUCAGUUUUUUAAACAUAUUCAAAUUAUUGAAACCAUUUCUUGAUCCAAAAGAUUUUUUCUAUGUGAAGUAUACCUCUUUAAGGUGUAGGCUACUUCUUCAUUUUGAAACGAUGAUUUUCCCAUGUCUCUAAUCUAUCUUGAUGUUUAUCUCGAUGACUCUUUUUUAAAAGAAGCACUGAUAACAGAUUUGUCAACAAUGAGCACACAUCUUAAGCUUGGUUUCCGCUUUGAGUUAGCGUGAGUUAAUUUGAGAUAAUUCUGUGAUCUGACAUGAUUUAAAAAUAAUAUUAUAGUGGAAACGCUCAUUAA